CAUCACUACAGCACCUCUCAGAAAACACAAUACACACCUAGUCAUCAUCCCAACUACCGCCCAAACAUCAGAAUGCAGUUCUCUCUCGUAUCCGUCCUCGCCCUCGCGGCUUCUGCCACCGCUGUCUCCGUCUCCUUCGACAAUGUCUACGACUCCUCCUCCACACCUCUUGCCAACACUCAAUGUUCCGACGGCGCAAAUGGUCUCAUCACACGCUACGGCUGGACGACUCUCGGCCAAGUACCUAAAUUCCCCAACGUGGGUGGUGCAGGACCGGUGCAAAGCUGGAACUCGGCUAACUGCGGCAAAUGCUACAAACUCACUUACGGCUCUCAAAGCGUGAACGUCCUCGCUGUAGACGGCACGACCGACGGCAGCUUCAAUAUUGCGCAAGCCGCGAUGAACACGUUGACGAAUGGGCAGGCGGCACAACUUGGGAGAGUCGAGGCUGGCGUCGAGGAGGUUGCAGCCGGUGAAUGUGGGUUGUAGAUAUGAUGAUGCUUUACGAUGAGAAUAUGCUGAGUAUCUUGUUUACUUGGUCGUGUUGCAUAGCCUGAAAUAAAUUGUUGAGCAAAGCUCGGGUUAGCGGUUAGCAUAAUGUCUUAUUAUUACCGCAAAUGGAAUAGUCCUGUUGUUAUAU